AUGCACCCUCUUAUAACCCAACCCCGAAUGGCACUUCUGAUUCAUUCACUUACUGACCCGAAUAGGGAGGGAGAGUCAGGACAAAACUAGUCUAGGAUUUUAGUCUGAUUCCCUUUGGAUUUUCCCCCACACCCCAUUUCCACUCUUCCCAUCCAACACUGCUUGGUGAGAAGACAAAGUAGUCUUAAGAGUGUAGCGCUUGGAAGCUUGAGCACGAGUGACUCUCAGUUUAAUUGUCUCUCUUUCUUGAAAAAUUUCAGGGCUUAUAUAAGAAAACCCAUUUGGGAUUUCCUUUGACCAAAUUAGAGGAAAAUGAAUGUGUUUGAUUCAGAAUGCAGCAGUGGGUGCGAGUCUGGUUGGACUUUAUACUUGGAACACUCUUUUCUUUCUCCAAAUGUUUCAAGUAGAGAUACUGGGUUUCUAGAUAGAAACAAUCGUUUCUGUGAUGAAUAUAAAGAUAAAAGAGCUAAAGAAGAGGCUAAAGAAGAAGAAGAAGAAGAAGAAGAAGAAGAAGAGGACCUGUCUAUGGUUUCUGAUGCAUCUUCAGGGCCUCCACAUCUCUUUGAAGAUGAAGGUCACGUCAAUGAUGAUAGUGGGUGCUUUUACCCUGCGUCCAGAGCCGCCACAUUGGCGAAGAAUGUGGGGAAAAGGCAGAAAAUAAAACAACACCGACACCGUGAAGAUCACGAACUGAAUGAUUUUCUCGAUGACACUGCUAGCUCUCCUGUUAUCAAUUUCUCCUGGAACAACUUCAGUCUUGACAAUAAUCAACCUUCAAUGGAGAGUGUCUUGGGUUUUUCACAAGGUUUCUCAGAAACUCGUUUUGAGCGUACACCUGCAUUCCAAGACCACUUUGGUUUUUCAAAGUCCACCCUGCCUGGAAACCAUCUUCAGAACAACCAUUGGCUUGAAGGGAAGAGGUUAGGAUUGAGAUGAGGUGAUUUCCCUGCUUCUGCCGCUGAUGCUGUUGUUACUAUAGAAGUUGCUCUGAAUGAAAUGAUGGGAUGGCUGUCAAAGUAAAAGCAGCUGAAUCUCAAAAGGGAUCUUAUUCGUUGCCUUUUAUUUUCUUUUCUCUGCUUUUGCCUGUCAAUGCAGUGGGAAACAACCUGAGAACAAUGCUUGGAAAUAAAUUUCUUGUUUGGAAAAUUUAAUUUCCUUGUCAAUGAAUAGUGGGUACAAAUCA